UUUAUCAUCUUUAUGAAGAACUUUUCCUGUUUGGAUAAGAAGGUAAACUGAAGGAUAUUUUAACAGCCCAGCUUGUAACGGACUUAACUCGUUUUUUAAGCUAACAAACUAAAACAUUAGCGGUUUUUUAAUGUUCUUGACUGUUUUCAAGUAACUAAUUUCACCCGUUUUAAUAUUCAUAAAUAACGAAACUCAUCCCAGUCGCUUACAGAAAGCUAAUUGUCGUUAGCCCAUUAUCUUCGUUAAUAGUCAUGUAGUUAAUGUACGUUUAUAACUGAGUGUAAUGUUAGCCUAGCUAAACCCUUUAGAGUUUUAUAUCUCGGUGUAAUGUUAAAACUGUUGUCUAAAAUAAGAUGUUUGUCACCGACUGUGCCGUGAGGAAACUUUUUUUCUUUGCUUCAGCUAUUGAUUUACAUCGCUAAUAACUUUAAUUAGUUCAUCUCCCGAGUCACUUGUUCAUCACGUGACCGCCUCAUAUACUUAUGCAGUCUGUUCAUUCGCUCGUCACGUGAUCGCCUCAUAAGCUUAUGCAGUCUGUUCAUUCGCUCAUCACGUGACCGCUUCCUGUAUCGGUAUUUUUUUUAUUAUUAUUUAGUUCCAUCACAUAUAAGUACAAAACAAGAAGUAUAGGGCAGAUAUGAAACAAUGUCAUACAGUUUAAAGUAAGUACAACAAAACAUAAAGUGAGUCGGCGAGUCGGUUCAUUGAUUCGAUUUUUGAUGUGAACCCCUUAAUGCACGUUGGGAACUAAGUCGAGGAGUCGACUCGUACCGAUUCGAGGAGUCGACUCCUUUGUGAACUACACAUCAUUUUGCACAUGGACAAGAAUGAAUAAAGAGAGUAUGGAUGAAAAGUUAAUUGAACUGUGCACCUUUUCGGCAGAUGCAGCAGUAUCAAAUGGACAUUCCUGUGGAAAGAACAUCUGACUUUAUUCUUGAUGGAGAAUUUUGUCCAGCCUUUUAUCCCGAAUAUGAUGGUUAUCUCCUCCUGCAGCAAAAGGAGCGUAAACUGAUUACAAUCACGGACCCUAACGACCCAAAUCGGGACGUCAUGGCCGAGCUCUUUGGAGAAAGGCUGUCGUCUGCACUGACAGCAACUCCUGUCCCUGAAUGCAGCGACGUUGUGGAGACUCCAGUGACCUCAACCCCAAAGGAGGCGGAGUCUAACACUGCCCCUGCUUCGGAGACAAGGCAAAAACUCCACAAGAGACCAGGCCUGCUCCUCUUCUCUAUCCCUCCCAAGGGAGAAAUGCACCAGAAAAGGAUAGAGAAAGCCAACACAUGGAAGAGAAAGAUCCUAAACCAGACUGAGGUGCACAAGCCUGUAGAGCCAGUCACUUUCUGCAUCCCUCUAUCUGAGGAACAGGAAGAGGAGGCAAAGAAAGCCGAAAUGGUUUUUGGUGAAUUGGACGAACAACGGACAGCUACACCCCCUGCAGAAGGAGACACUGUGGAUGUGCCUGCCCCUCUAAAUACCACACCACCAAAGGAUGCAGAGCCUGGAGAACACUUGGCUGAACACCUGACAGCUACACCCCCUGCAGAAGGAGACACUGUGGAUGUGCCUGCCCCUCUAAAUACCACACCACCAAAGGACACAGAGCCUGGAGAACACUUGGCUGAACACCUGACAGCUACUCCCCCUGCAGGAGGAGACAUUGUGGAUGUCCCUGCCCCUCUAAACACCACACCAACAAAGGAGGCUGAGCCAAACACAGCCCCUGCUUCAGAGACUAGUCAGUCAGAGCAAAAUCUGUGCAAGAGACCAGGCCUGGAAAGGAAACAGAAAAAGGCAGAGAAAGCCAACCUGCGGAAGAAAAAAGAACAAAAGCAGACUGAGGUGCGCAAGACUCUGUCCCAGAAAAAAACCCUCAAACCCUGCAUCCGCUUACCGGGAGAAAAGGACAAGGAGGUGAAGAACUCAAAAAACACUUACAAGGAAAAGAAACGAGUCCGCUUCUGCCUCCCUCCAACCAGUGAAGUAGAGCAGAAGGAUGAAAAGAAGAAAAAUGGCAGUAAAAAGAGAUCUGGAAGGUCGGACUAGUCACACUUGACUAUCCAACAUGACUAGUUUCCACGCCCUGUAAAUAUGUAAAUAGUAGAAUAAAGUUUUGUGACAGUAUCUCAAUGCUGGUUGUGUGAAAUGCCUUCUGAAAGCUGAUUGGCUGAAGUCUGCCAUGUUUCUGAAGUUAGUCAGUAGUGAUUAUAAAUCCAGUUACAGAUUGAUGCAGCACACCAAAUUCAUCUGCUUCUGAGAAAUGACUAUUUCAACUUAACUC